AUGAUCCCGGAAGACGUCUAUUGGCUGUCCGUCGUGCGCGAUCUGCACUUCGAGUACCGGGCACUACCAUUCUUGAUUAGCGGUACUUUACUGGGUUGGCGUCGCGAAUGCGCGUUAAUUCCUCACACUACCGACAUGGAUAUCGCCACAUUUGAAGAUGAAUUCCCGAUGGCAUUAAUUGAAGACGCCAUCAAGAUGAGGGGAGAGCGCCUCCGUCUGCACCGCGUCAUCGGGAAGCCAGGCGACAGCUACGAGGCGACGUUUUUGGCAAUGACGCAGCGCGGCACGAUGUUCAACAUCGACCUGUUCACGAUGUAUCGCGACCCGGCGAAACGCUGCUGCUACACGACGAUCGUCUACGGCCCGCCCGCAUACAGGAAAUUCCGAGACGAGUAUCCGUGGUUUGAGGCGGACUUCUGCACGGCCAACCUGCACGGCUACGUCUUCCACGUGCCCUGCAAUCCGGACCCAAUUUUGGAGGCUGACUAUGGCAAGAAUUGGACCGCUGAUCGACCUAGCAAGGGCUACCGCUACGGGCCCAACCUCGUCUGGAACGGCAACUAUGGCACGAAAGGCGCGGAGCUGGUGCGCUUCUUC